AAAAAACUAGACAUUUGUGUCUUUAAAUUGUUUUCAGAUCUAAUAACAUAUCAAAAAACAUGUCGUCGUCGUCGACAACCAAUAGUAAAGAUUUUAGCGGUAAAGUCGUAUUGAUUACCGGCAGCAGCGGCGGUAUAGGUGCGGCCCUUAGCCGACACUUUGCCCGUAGCGGUGCCCAAGUAGUGGUCAACGGUCGCAAUGGUCAGAAUGUCGGUAAAGUCGCCAGCGAUUGUAAUAGUCUAUCGCCUAAAAAGCUAAAAGCAUUGCAAGUUGUAGCCGAUGUUACCAUUGAUGACGAUUGUCGCCGAUUGGUCGAUACGGUUAUCUGUCGAUUGGGACGGAUCGACAUAUUGGUCAACAAUGCCGGUGCCGGCGCUUUCGGCAGUAUAUACGAUCCGAAACUGAUGCAAACCUACGAUCAUAUGAUGAAACUGGAUGUCCGAUCAGUGGUAUUGAUAACCCAGUUGGUUGUACCGCACUUGGAACGGACCAAAGGUGUUAUUGUUAACAUAUCCAGUUCCCUAUCAGUCAAACCGAAUGUCCAUUUUAUGCCUUACUGUUUGGCUAAAUGUGCGAUCGAUAUGUUUACCAAAUGUAUGGCCUUGGAGUUGGGACCGAAAGGCAUACGCUGUAAUAGUGUCAAUCCGACGGCCGUCCGGACAAACUUUCAGUCGGCUACCGGUGCCGGCGAUAUACUGGUCGGUGUAUUGAAACAACUGGAAGAAACUAAUCCACUGAGACGUAUAGCAACUGUCGACGAUGUGGUCAAUGCGGUAGCAUUUCUGGCCUCUGGAGAGUCCGGGUUUGUUACGGGAACGGCACUUAUGGUCGACGGCGCCUCCAUUUGGGUCUAA